AGGUCCCGGUAAAGAAAGACUCUGGACUGCAGGGCACAGAACUACUCACUCAAACAGCGGAGCCAGCUAGUGCAGCAUAUACUGAAGACCAGGCUACAACUCCGACCUUACGAAGAAAGUCAGAAAAAAAAGCGAAGAAACGCUAACGAGAUGCCGGCUACAGAAAAAGAUUUGGCGGACGACGCGCCAUGGAAGAAGAUCCAACAGAACACUUUUACGCGCUGGUGCAACGAGCACUUGAAGUGUGUGAAUAAACGGAUAGCCGACCUGCAGUUGGACUUUAGCGACGGGUUGCGGCUUAUCGCCCUGCUGGAGGUGCUCAGCCAAAAGAAGAUGUACAGAAAGUACCAUCCCAGACCCACCUUCCGCCAGAUGAAACUGGAGAACGUUUCCGUGGCCUUGGAGUUCUUGGAUCGCGAGAGUAUCCGACUCGUCUCCAUAGACUCUAAAGCCAUAGUGGACGGUAACCUGAAGCUGAUUCUGGGCAUGGUGUGGACCCUGAUCCUCCACUACUCCAUCUCCAUGCCCGUCUGGGAGGACGAGGUAGAUGACGAGGCAGAGAAGAAGACCCCGAAGCAGAGGCUUCUGGGAUGGAUCCAGAACAAAGUGCCUGAUCUACCCAUCACCAACUUCAGCAGAGACUGGCAGGAUGGCAAGGCCUUGGGAGCCUUGGUGGACAGCUGUGCUCCAGGUCUCUGUCCUGACUGGGAAACCUGGAACAAGACGCCAGUGGACAACGCCCAGGAGGCCAUGAGGCUGGCAGACGACUGGCUGGGUAUCCCUCAGGUGAUUGCUCCGGAGGAAAUCAUUGAUCCCAGUGUGGAUGAGCAGUCAGUCAUGACAUACUUGUCCCAGUUCCCCAAAGCCAAGCUGAAGCCUGGAGCCCCCCUGAAACCCAAACUCAAUCCCAAGAAGGCCCGUGCCUACGGACCAGGGUUGGAGCCAGUUGGUAAUAGGGUGAUGCGUCCGGCCAACUUCACAGUUGAUACGUUCAGUGCAGGUCAGGGUCAAGUCAUGGUGUAUGUGGAGGACCCGGAGGGAACCAGAGAGGAGGUGAAAGCUGUUCCUAACGAAGGGAAGAAGACCUACAGCGUUGCAUACAUCCCCCUGGUCACGGGUCCACACAAGGUGACGGUGCUGUUUGCUGGCCAGCAGAUCCCCAAGUCUCCAUUUGAGGUGAACGUGGACAAAGCGCAGGGAGACCCAACCAAGGUCACUGCUAAAGGACCUGGCCUGGAGCCCCUGGGAAACAUUGCCAACAAACCUACAUACUUUGACAUCUACACUGCAGGGGCAGGAAUGGGAGAGGUGUCUGCCACCGUCAGGGAUCCUCAGGGCAAGUUGUCCGUGGAGGCUGUGAUGGAGGAUCUGGGUGACAGUGUGUACAGGUGCACCUACAAGCCCAGUCAGCAGGGCCCUCACACCAUCAACAUCACCUUUGGAGGAAUCACCAUCCCCAAGAGUCCCUCCAUAGUCACCAUCGGACCAGCAUCAAUGCCAGGGGCGUGUCGUGCCACAGGACGUGGUCUGCAGCCCCGCGGCGUCCGCGUGAAGCAGGUGGCGGACUUCAGAGUGGACACUAGGAACGCUGGAAGUGGAGACCUGAAGGUGACCGUCAAAGGACCCAAAGGUUCGGAGGAGCCAGUGAAGCAGAAGGAAUCUGGAGAUGGCCUGUAUUACUAUGAGUACUUCCCUCACGCCCCUGGGAAGUACACCGUCACCAUCACCUGGGGGGGACAGCACAUCCCCAAAAGUCCGUUUGAGGUGGCAGUGGGACCAGAGGCCGGGCCACAGAAGAUCAGGGCCUGGGGACCCGGCCUGGAGAGGGGCAUGGUGGGUAAAUCGGCAGAUUUUGUGGCGGAAUCCAUCGGCACUGAUGUCGGCGUUCUGGGCUUUGCCAUUGAGGGACCCUCACAGGCUAAGAUAGAAUGUAGGGACCAGAACGAUGGUUCGUGUGACGUAAAGUACUGGCCUUCAGAGGCUGGGGAGUACGCUGUCCAUGUGAUGUGUGAUGACGAGGACAUAGAAGACAGCCCGUUCAUGGCCUACAUCGUCCCGGACAACAACGACAGCAACCCCGGCCUGGUCAAGGCGUACGGUCCAGGCCUGGAAAAGAGUGGCUGUGUCAUCAACAAACCCGCAGAAUUCACUGUCAAUGCUAAGGAUGCUGGGAAAGGCCCCUUGCAGAUCUCUGCUCAGACUGCUGAAGGAGGUCCUGUUGAUGUGAAGGUGAAGAAGACAGGAGACGGUGUCUAUGCCUGUUCCUACACCCCCAUCGCCGCAGUCAAACACACGGUGGCGGUCACCUGGGCUGCGGUCAGUGUGCCCAACAGUCCGUUUAGGGUGAAUGUUGGGAAAGGCAGCCACCCUCACAAGGUGAAGGUCUAUGGUCCUGGUGUGGAGAGGACGGGACUAAAGGCCAACGAACCCACACACUUCACUGUGGACUGCACCGAGGCCGGGGAAGGGGACGUGAGCGUCGGGAUAAAGUGCGACGCCAACGUCAUCAGUGAUAAGGAGGAGGACGUAGACUUCGAUAUUAUUCCUAACGCCAAUGACACCAUUACGGUGAAAUACACACCCCCAGGGCCGGGACGACUCACCAUCAAGGUCCUGUUCACUGACCAGGAGAUCCCCAUCAGUCCAUUCAGGGUCAAAGUGGAACCUUCCCAUGAUGCCUCAAAGGUCAGGGUUGAAGGUCCCGGAGUGGCUCGCUCAGGUGUGGAGUGUGGUAAACCAACCCACUUCACUGUACACACUAAAGGAGCAGGAAAGGCUCCUGUUGAUGUUCAGUUCUCCGGGACCAGCAAGGGAGACGCAGUCCGAGACUAUGACAUCAUCGACAACUACGACUACUCCCACACAGUGAAAUACACUCCCAUCCAACAGGGAGAGAUGAUGGUCAUGAUAAAGUUUGGAGGAGAUGAGAUCCCCAAGUCCCCUUUUGCUGUGGAAGUGGCUGCUUCUCUGGAUCUCAGCAAGGUCCUGGUCAACGGGCUGGCCAGCAGAGUGGAGGUUGGCCAGGACCAGGAGUUUGCGGUGGACCCCAAGGGAGCGGGAGGGCAGGGUGAUCUGGAGGUGCGUCUGACCAGCCCGUUGGGGAAGGCUGUUCCCUGUGUGGUGGAGCCUCAGCCUGGGAGGAAACCACAGAGCAGCAUCGUCAAGUAUGUCCCCAGGGAGGAGGGGCUGUACACUGUGGAUGUGACCUACGAUGGACACCCCAUCCCAGGGAGCCCGUUCCCCGUGGAGGCCACGCUGCCUCCAGACCCCAGCAAGGUGAAGGCGUUCGGGCCUGGUCUGAAGGGAGGUCUGGUGGCCCACCCGGCAGAGUUCACCAUCGACACGAAGGGAGCAGGAACAGGUGGCCUGGGCCUGACUGUGGAGGGACCAACGGAAGCCAAGAUCGAGUGCUCUGACAACGGGGACGGGACCUGCUCCGUGUCCUACCUGCCCACCGAGCCAGGGGAGUACCUGGUCAACAUCCUGUUUGAGGACACUCAUAUCCCAGGCUCCCCCUUCCACGCAGACGUCAACUACCCCCUAGACCCAUCCAAGGUUCUGGCAUCUGGUUCGGGGCUGAAAAGGGCCAAAGUGGGAGAGACCAGUGUGGUGAAUGUGGACUGUUCCCGGGCUGGACCGGGGCAACUCACCCUGGACGCCACUUCAGACUCUGGCAACAACAAGGCCAAAACAGAGGUGAUUGACAAUAAAGAUGGCACCUAUACAGUGGUUUAUGUCCCCAGUAGCGCUGGUAUGUACACCCUGCUGCUGAAGUACGGGGGCAAGGCCACGCCUGGCUUCCCUGCCAAGGUGAUGGUAGAUCCAGCUGUGGACACCUCCAGAGUCAAGGUCUUUGGCCCUGGAGUGGAGGGACAAGCUGUGUUCCGGGAGGCCACAACAGACUUUAAGGUGGACGCCAGGGCUCUGACUAAGAAGGGAGGGGACCACAUCAAGGCCUCGGUCAGGAACCCGUCAGGAGCCCUAACCGACUGUGUCGUGACCGACAAUGUGGACGGGACCUACAAUGUGGAGUACACACCGUUUGAAAAUGGUGUUCAUGCUGUGGAGGUUCUGUACGAUGAAUCUGCUGUCCCAAAGAGUCCCUUCCAGGUCGGGGUUCAGGAGGGCUGUGAUCCAACCAGGGUUCUGGCCAAGGGCCCUGGGCUCCAGGAGGCCCUCACAGAGGCUCCCAACAACUUCUCCAUUAUUACCAGAGGGGCAGGUAUUGGUGGAUUGGGCAUCACAGUUGAAGGCCCCUCAGAGUCUAAGAUGUCGUGUAAAGACAAUAAGGAUGGCAGCUGUAAUGUAGAGUACAUCCCCUACGCCGCGGGCCUUUAUGACGUUAACAUCACCUAUGGAGGCAGACACAUCACAGGCAGUCCCUUCAAGGUGCCAGUGAAGGACACGGUAGAUGCCAGCAAGGUGAAGAUCUCAGGACCCGGGCUUGGCUCCGGGGUCCGCGCUAAAGUCCCACAAUCCUUCACUGUGGACUGCAGCAAGGCCGGGAUAGCCCCUCUUUCUGUGGCAGUCACAGCACCCAGAGGUCUGUCGGAGCCCGUGGACGUCACAGACAAUGGAAAUGGAAAGCACACGGUGGCCUUCGUUCCCUCUGUAGAGGGGCCCUACUCCGUGGUGGUGAAGUACGCUGAUGAGGAGGUCCCCCACAGUCCCUUCAAGCUGCGUGUUCUGCCAACACAUGAUGCCAGUAAGGUCCGUGCCAACGGCCCGGGUCUGACCAGCGGGCUUCCGGCCAGCUUGCCUGUGGAGUUCACCAUCGACGCCAAGGACGCAGGCGAGGGUCAACUAUCAGUCCAGAUCACAGACCAGGACGGGAAGCCCAAGAGGGUUAGUAUACAUGACAACCAUGACGGGACCUACCUGGUGUCAUACGUCCCUGACCGGGUCGGCCGCUACAGCAUCGUCAUCCAGUAUGGAGGGGAUGAGAUCCCAGCCUCGCCCUACAGGGUCAGGGCUACGGCCUCCGGAGAUGCCAGCAAGUGCUCCAUCAACGGUCCAGGCAUCGCCCCCAUCAUUGCGGUCGGAGAGGAGGUGGGCUUUGUUGUAAACGCUAAGGGUGCUGGGAAAGGCAAGGUGACGUGUAUCGUGGUAACCCCGGACGGGACCGAGGUGGAGGCCGAUGUCAUCCAGAAUGAGGAUGGAACAUUUGAUAUUUUCUACACCGCCCCAACUCCUGGGAACUAUGUCAUUUAUGUGCGUUUUGGGGGGGAGAACGUCCCCAAGAGCCCCUUCAAAGUCCUGGUGACUGAUGGGUCCUACGACCCGGCCCAGAGUAUGAACGGAACCGGUUUCAGACCAUUUGAUAUGGUCAUACCGUUCGCCCUUCACAAGGGAGAGAUCACAGGUCAGGUGUACAUGCCGUCUGGGAAGACCGCUCAGCCGGACAUUACAGACAACAAGGAUGGGACCGUCACUGUGAGAUUUGCCCCCACCGAAGCCGGCCUGCAUGAGAUGCAUAUCAAGUAUAACGGAACUCACAUUCCAGAGUCUCCGCUGCAGUUCUAUGUAAACAAUGCCAACAGUCCCAAUGUAACGGCCUACGGGCCAGGCCUGGUCUACGGAGUCGCCAACAAGACCGCCAUGUUUACCAUCUACACAGAGGACGCUGCUGAGGGUGGACUGGAUCUAGCCAUUGAAGGUCCCUCCAAGGCAGAGAUCAGCUGUGUGGAUAAUAAGGACGGCACCUGUACUGUGACCUACCUGCCGGUUCUGCCUGGGGACUACAACAUCCUGGUCAGAUACAACGACAAACACAUUGCCGGGAGCCCCUUCCACGCUAAGAUCACAGAGGACAAUCUGCGUCGCUCCCAGGUCAAACUGGGGUCCGCGGCUGACUUUGCUCUGGACAUUGCUGAAACAGAUCUGUCGUUACUAACUGCCAGUAUCAAAGCUCCCUCUGGCCGCGACGAACCAUGCCUGCUCAAGAGACAGGCUAACGGCCACAUCGGUAUUUCCUUCAUUCCGAGGGAGGUCGGAGAGCACCUGGUGAGCAUCAAGAAGAACGGCCGCCAUGUUGCCAACAGCCCCAUCAGCAUCAUGGUGGUCCAGUCUGAGAUCGGCGACGCAUCAAAGGUCAAGGUUUACGGGCCAGGCCUGGUGGAGGGACGCACCUUCGAGAUGUCCGACUUCGUGGUCGAUACACGGGAAGCAGGCUACGGAGGUCUGGCCCUGUCCAUCGAGGGCCCCAGUAAGGUGGACAUCCAGACGCAGGACGUGGAGGACGGGACGUGUGGUGUCUCCUACUGCCCCACAGAACCAGGCUCCUACAUCGUCUCCAUCCGCUUUGCUGACCAACACGUACCAGGAAGUCCAUUUACAGUGAAGGUGACGGGAGAAGGACGAAUCAGAGAGAGCAUCACCAGACGCCAGAGGGCAGCAUCCAUCGCCACUGUGGGGAGUGUCUGUGACCUCAGCCUCAAGAUCCCAGAUAUAGACAUCCAUGAUGUGUCGGCCCAGGUGACCAGUCCCUCCGGAACCACAGAGAAGGCCGACAUGGAGGCGGUCGGACCUAACACCUACUGUGUGCGCUUUGUACCGCACGAGAUGGGCGUGCACAGUGUGGCUGUGAAGUACAGGGGCCAGCACGUCCCGGGGAGUCCUUUCCAGUUCACCGUGGGGCCCCUGGGAGAGGGAGGUCCCGGGAAGGUCCGUGCUGGUGGGCCCGGCCUGGAGAAGGCUGAGUGUGGAGUCCCAGCGGAGUUCAGCAUCUGGACGCGGGAGGCUGGUGCUGGGGGGCUGUCCAUCGCUGUAGAGGGGCCCAGCAGAGCUGAGAUCUCCUUCGAGGACCGGAAGGACGGGUCCUGUGGCGUCUCCUACAUAGCUCAGGAGCCAGGUGACUAUGAGGUGUCGGUGAAGUUCAAUGACCAACACAUCCCUGACAGCCCCUACCUGGUGCCUGUCGUUGCGCCCACGGACGACGCUCGCCGACUCACUGUUGCUAGUCUUCAGGAGUCAGGCCUCAAGGUCAACCAGCCAGCCUCCUUUGCAGUGCUUCUGAACGGUGCCAAGGGAAAGAUGGAUGCCAUGGUCCACUCCCCAUCCGGAGCCCUGGAGGAGUGUGCCGUGACCGAGUUAGAGCCCGAGAAGUACGCAGUUCGGUUCAUCCCACGUGAGAACGGGCUCCACUGCAUUGAUGUGAAGUUCAACGGCAGCCACAUCCCUGGCAGCCCAUUCCAGGUGAGGGUGGGGGAGCCCGGGCAGAGCGGAGACCCCAGCCUGGUCACCGCCCAUGGAGCUGGACUAGAGAGAGGAAUCACAGGUCAACAGUCAGAGUUCAUCAUCAACAACACCAAGGCGGGGCCUGGGUCCCUGGCCGUGAGCAUUGAAGGGACCUCCAAGGUGAAGAUGGACUGUCAGGAGAUUCCGGAAGGGUACAAGGUGGUGUAUACCCCCAUGGCCCCUGGAAACUAUCUGAUCACUGUAAAAUACGGAGGACCCAACCACAUCCAUGGAAGCCCCUUUAAGGCCAAAGUCACAGGUCAGCGCCUGGUAAGCCCCAGUAGCGCUAGUGAGACCUCCAGUCUAUUGGUCGAGCCGGUGUCCAAGUCCUUCAGCAGCAGCUCCAACAGCGCCCCGCUUCGCCCCGCCUCCGACGCCAGCAAGGUGGCCACCCGUGGCCCAGGCCUGAGCAAGGCCUCCAUCGGACAGAGGGCCAGCUUCUCCGUCGACUGCAGCAAGGCUGGUAAGAACAUGUUACUGGUGGGUGUCCACGGCCCCCACGUUCCCUGUGAGGAGGUGUCCGUGAAACACGCGGGCAACCUGCUGUACAACGUCUCCUACAUCCUCAAGGAGAGAGGCAACUACAUCCUGGCCGUCAAGUGGGGGGAGGAGCAUGUCCCCGGAUCCCCCUUCCAGGUCACCGUGCCGUAGAGGGACGUCCCAAAUGGCCAUCUAUUGCCUGUGCAGUGCCCUUCUGCUGAUCUGAACUAUUUAGGGGACAGGGAGCAUUUAUUGAUCCAUCCUAAUUUUCCAUCAUGUCCUGCCAUGGAGGGGAUGUGCUGGGGGGGGGAUCUG